AUGACCAUCUAUCAGACCUCUCCUGGCGGCGAUCCAAGUGCAACGAACAUCGACUGUCGGCCAGAUUGGCGAGCGUAUACAUUAUAUAGAGAGCUGGAAUUUUUGGUGACGAUAACUGGAAAGGAGUCGUGCUUAGAGAUGGAUAGAUACAUCACAACGAUCAGCGCCACCUCUACCACGUCUAUAGUCUCAAAGACCACAACUUCAGUAAUACCGACUACCUCUACCCCGACACCUAGUCCGCCCCAAAACAAAGGUUGGAUCGCAGGAGCGGUAAUUGGUCCUAUUGCAGUUAUUGCUUUGGUAUUUCUCGCAUAUUGGCUAUGGAGACGGCAACGAAAGCAGUCGCACGAGUCCACUCCUCCUGGGCCAGGUCCAUCACCUCUUGCAGAGCUGUGUGGACAGCAGAGUGCGCCAUUCGAAUUAUCCUCGGCAAAGCACAAACCAUUGGUACCGCUAGCCGAGCUUCCGGUGUCUGAUUUUGUGUCUAAGCUGCCCACCAACCAAGUGGGCAUAUAG